GAAACACCUUCUUCUUUCCUCCCCUUUUCCCUUUAAUUAUUCUUUCCAUUCCUUCAAAAAUCCCACAAAUAUUUCAAACCCCCUUCCUCUCUACAUCACUCACUUUCUCUCUCCUCUUUUCAUCAUAAAAUGCCCCAAGUCGACCUUGCUUCAGUCUGCGCCGGCGCCACCCACGACCGGAAAGUCGCCUGUGAAACCCUCGCCGUCGGAGGCGUUGGUGAAGACACCCUGACCGCGGCGGACGAGGAAGAAAACCCACCGAUCCCACCACCCGAUUACGCGCCGGAAUCAUUCUGGCUCUCCAAAGACGCCGAGCUUGACUGGUUUGACCGGAACGCCUUUCUUGAUCGGAAAGAUUCCGGCAAAGGUGUGAAUUCAACUACUAGCUCGAACCCGGUUCAUAUUACCGCCGGGUCACAGCGUUAUUCGGGUAAUUUGUCAAAAGCGUCGCUAAUUGCGCUCCCCAAACCUCAGAAGCAGAAUUACGCGGAAGUCAAGAAUCGGAGGCAUCAUUGCCGGCCUACAAGUGUACGGCUAUUUCCAAAACGGGCUGACCCGGUUGGUAAACCGGUUAUAGCGUUGACCGAACCCGGUUCACCUAAGGUUUCAUGUAUGGGGCGGGUACGGUCUAGGAAAGAUAGGAGUCGUAGAGGGAAGAACCGGAAGAAGGUAAACGAACCGGGUUUGGGUCGGAAUAAGAGUAUAAAGGAAAGGAAUAAUAAAACCGGGUUUUGGAAAAACUUCCGGUCAAUUUUCCGGCAUAAAGGAAAUAAUAACAAUAAAUUGGGGUGUAUUGAUAUUGAUGCUGAUCAACAACAAGAGGGGAAUUUUGUGAGAAGAAGUUCAAGUUCAAAGAAAAAACGUGGGUUUAACCCGAAUGAUAGUGUCGGGUCGGGUGAACCGUCCGGGUUAUGUGAACCACCCGGUUUAGGAGCAAUGAAAAGGUUUGCUUCUGGCCGGAAAUCGGAUUCUUGGGCCGGUGAUGUCGAAAUAGACGGUACGAAAUCUGAGCCGUUGGGUCGUGGCGGAGGCGGUGGCGGCGGUCCUAUUUGGAGGCGGAGAGAGGUGGGCCCGCCAAUAGACGUAGAUAUUGAUCGUGAUUGGCGGGAAGUGGGCCCGAUGUCCGUAUGAUGUGGGAGAAGGUAAAUGUGGGUCCCACUUUUGAUACAAAAUUUUUGUAAGUGACGUCAGGAUUGUUAUAAACACGUCAAAAUUCACAAGCUUGAAAAUUUCUGUUAUGUUUUUUUCUUUUUCUGUGGGGUUAUUUUUUUUUGACAAAUUGGUAUUUUUAUGUUAAUACUUUAGGUCUUUAGAUUUUUCAUAUUGUUAGGGAUAAAUUGAAUGAGAUUUGUAAUAUACGGAAUCAAGGAGUAGUUUUGUAAAUACAAAGUACAAAUUGUAAUUUUUUCUUCUAUAGAGAUUUCAUGAGCUAUU